GCGGCCACCCGUCCUGCUCUUACUGGCAUUGGCGUCGCAGAAGUUCGUUGAGGGUGAAAUGAGGAGGUCUGUGACGAUAGAGGUCCUUAAGGGAAGCGUAGCAGAGUUCACCUGGAGCGACGCGUGGGCAAGUCCAGAAGCUUCAACAGAAGUUGGUUCCCAAUUCAGUCAGUUCCAAGUCAGUUUCCACUCCCCGUUGCUCUCACUGUAACCUGGCACUUGUUGCCUUUCAACAUGGGAACAGCUUGGGCCGAACGGCGGGUUCUGAGGCUAGGGGACACCCCGGCUUUGAGUCGGCACAUCAACGAUCUACCAGACGAGCUUUUCAUAAGCAUACUGGCGAACCUAGACCACAAUGAACUCAGACAGACGAUGCUCGUCUGUCGCCGCUGGAAGCGGAUCUUAUCGGACGACUCCUGUUGGCGAUCGGCUUUCCUGGUUACUUUCGGAGGGUUGCCUUUGAGACGCCUGGGCGAAAGCAGCUGGCGUAAAGAGUACAUGAAGCGGGUUCAAUUGCUAAGGAGCUUCCAGCGCGGAAAACACAUCGUUCAAUUCGAUCCCCGAGUCGGCACCGUUGACGAGCUCUUUGUCGAUUACGAGGACGGAAUCAUGUACUGCGGAUCAAUCGAAACGGGCAUGGUGGCCUUCUGCCAUCCUUCCACAGGCAGAGUAGAGAAAGGAUUCGUCUACUGCCAUCCUGAUAGAUUACCUCAACGAGUCUCCGCGCUGUUGCUUGAUCGAAGACGACUUGCGAUUGGGAGCCUCACCGGAAGCGUAUCGAUCAUAAUGGAUUUCAAGGAUAGGGCAAAUUAUGGGGUGCAAUCGAUGCCUGGCCCGCACACCGGGCCUGUCACCUGCUUGUCGUGGAUACCAAAUGUUCCGCACCUAUUUCUGAGUGGAAGUACCGAUGCAUCUGUCAAGCUGUGGGAUAUGCGGACGAUGACGUGUCGUUACACUUUCAAAGGAAUCGGCACAUCUGGAAUCACACAUAUAGUUUAUGAUAAGAAACACGGGGUAGUGGCUGGAAAUGCCGACGGCGACGUAACCAUUUGGGCUUUCGACGCUCAGAGUGCAGCGUCACCUUCGAAUCAAGCUGAUGCAGUGACUUUUGGAACCGCGCGUCUGCUCCCUCAGAAGGAUCGAUCGGUCGUCGGUCCCGUGGUGGCAAUGCUACAUGACCAGGUUGAGUCUACCCUCACAGUGAUGGCGUCCACAGGUGUUGUGGGCGACAUAUGUCGGUGGGACUUGCAAACGGGCCAAGCCAUGGAUAUUCUCACAGGAGGUCACUCAGCACCGAUAACGGCCGGCUCCUUCGAUUUGCCUGGUUCUACAUCAAUCACGAGCGGGAACGAUCGGGUGCUUCUAGCUUCAGGGGAUUCCUCGGGUACGGUAUGCAUCUGGGCCUUCCCCAGACGACCCACGUGGGAUAAGGAAGGUCCGGUCAAUGUUGUCAAACCGUUCCGGGCCAUCAAUGCCCAUCGUAGCGGAAUAACGCAAGUCCGACUCGAUCCGUUCAAAUUGGUUUCUGGAGGAGCAGAUGGCAGUGUGAAGUGUCACGACUUGCUGACGGGGCAAUGCAUCCGGACACUGGCUGUGAGACGCGCCCGUGAUGGAAACGAAGGGCCCGCAACUGUGGUGCAGGGGCAGAAUCGGCGAGGUGUGCGAUGUAUAUUUAUACAACACCACCAAGUGAUUGUGGGCAGCGGUGAUCACAUCAAGUGUUGGGACUUUGGAACGUACUCUGGUUCUGCAACGUCAGGGAAGGGGAAGAGAAAGAAGAUCUUUGCCACUGGUGGGAACAGGCAGGCCAACGUGAGGGCCGAACGCAACAUGAUGCAUUCGUAUCAACGUCACGAGAUUCGGACAGAGGUGGAGGAAGACCGCUUGGCGCGGGAUCAUGAUCGAGAAGUGGCGGAUCGUUUGACCCGACGCGCCAACAAACUGAACGGCACCGCUGCAUUUGGAGCGCAGCUCUCCGAGGAGGAGCUCUUUGAGCACGCGAUGAGAGUCAGCUUGCAAGAUUCACACUUGAUGUCUGCCCCGGCUUUGUACGAGGACGAUCUGAUGGAGGCUUUAGAAAGGAGUGUACUCGACAUUCGCCCAGACCACUCUUCAUCGACCCGAGAUGAGGAGGAUCUUGCCUUCUCCGAAGGCACAGCUUGGCAGGCCUACCAAGGAGUCGACAAUGAAUGGGAGGAGUUCCCUGCCCCAUCUCUACAUCGGCCAAGUAGUCACGGCUUAGUGUACGGUUCAAGCGCCGGAUCGUCUAGCUCGCAUGGGCGUCAUGAAGGGCGCUGGGAGCAGCUCAUGACCGGAUACGACGUGGAAGCGACGCGAAGGAGGAGUUCGCAUGGGAACGUGCAGGUUGCGAAUAGGUUACCUAGUAGCAGCGCUGGAUUCGAGGGAGUGCCUCGGAACGAGGAGGAGGAAUUGCAAUAUGUUCUUGAAUUGAGCAAAGUAGAGCUAUAGAUGGAAACAAACGAGAGGAUAGAAGUUAACGAGGAAUUCAGAGAUACACUAAAUCAUCAACCAGAAGCUUCUGAAGCGGCCCGUUAUGAGCAGCAUCACACCCCUGAACCGGAGUGAGGCUAAAAGAAGAUGGGUUCGGCUUGUUUAUUUGCAGCAUCUCCUUCUGGGGCGCGUUUUGUUCAAAAGUUAAUCGUUUUGUCAAAAAGUUUAUAAAGGUGGGGGAUCUUUAAAAGCCGCCGAGGCCCGCC